ACACACUUCUUCCCGUCAAGCAGGCUGGGAUCUUGGAUGGAGUGAGUGUUGAGCCCCAAUGAGAUGACUGACCAGGGCAACAACAACCAGAACAUCUCCUGCAACCCCUUCGCCGCCCUCUUCAGCUCACUGGCUGAUGCCAAGCAGUUCGCAUCAGGCCAGAAACCUCAACAGUCUACCGAACCACCACUGGAGGACUCAGGAGAGAGCCAGUCAGAGUCAGAAAACUCUGUGUCAGACAGCGUCGAUGAAAAUGAUGACUCUGUGGCAGAGAUCAGCCGCUCCUUCCGGUCCCGUCAGGAGCUCUGUGAACAGCUCAAUGUCAAUCACAUGAUCCAGCGAAUAUUUCUCAUCACUCUUGACAACAGUGACCCAAGUAUGAGAGGAGGCAAUGGGAUCCCCCCUCGCUGUGUUUACCUGGAGGAGAUGGCUGCAGAUCUGGAUGGACAGGACUGGCUGGACAUGGACAACAUAGAACAGGCUCUGUUUAACCGUCUGCUGCUGCUAGAGCCAGGAAACCAGCUCAUCUACAUGACAUCAUGCAGCGCUGUUAACCUGUCAGCUGACCGUGACGCCGGAGAGAAGUGCGCCAUGCCUUACCUGUUUGCUUGUUACCAGAGGUCUAAAGAAGAGGUGACAAAGGUACCAGAGAAGUUGCUGUCAUUUGCUGUACGCUGUAAGAACCUGACAGUUUCUAACACACGGACAGUUCUGCUCACCCCGGAGAUUUACGUCAGCCAGAAUAUCUACGAACAGCUGCUGGACCUGCUGCUGGAAGGCUUCAAUGGAUCACAGCCAGAGGAGGUGGUUGAGUUUGUAGAGGAGGUCAUUGCGGGACUACUCUCUGACCAGGAAGUGCGUACUUUCGAGGAGGUGAUAGUACCAGUGUUUGAUAUCUUCCAUGGACGCGUCAAAGACCUGGACCUUUGCCAGCCUGUCCUCUACUCCUACCUGGAUGUUUUGCUCUAUUUCAGCCACCAUAAAGAUAUUGCAAAGAUUUUGAUGGAGUAUAUCCAGCCCAAAGAUCCAGCUAAUGGUUUACAGUACCAGAAGACCCUUUUAGGGGCAGUGUUAAGCAUCUCGUGCCUGUUAAAAACCCCAGGUGUGGUGGAAGGACAUGGUUACUUCCUGAACCCUUCCCGCUCCAGUGCCCAGGAGACAAAGGUCCAGGAGGCCAACAUCCACCAGUUCAUGGGCCAGUUUCAUGAGAAGCUGCACCAAAUCUUUAAGAAUUUGCUCCAGCGUUCUGGUGAGACGCGCCACUUGCUGCUCUCGUGGCUAGGCAGCUGUUUGCAUGCUAACGCCGGUCGAGCAAAGAUAUGGGCCAAUCAGAUGCCCGAGAUCUUCCAGAUGUACGCGUCGGAUGCUUUCUUCUUAAACUUAGGUGCAGCGCUUUUGAAGCUGUGCCAGCCCUUCUGCAGGCCUCGCUCGCCCAAACUGCUCACCUUCAACCCCACCUACUGCGCCUUCAAAGAGCUGAGCGAAGAAGAGAGACGCAAUCGCAACGUGCACGCAAGAGGCCUCGAAAAAGAAACCUGUCUAAUCCCUGUGCCCCCUCAGCAGCUGGUGGAGUCUGCACAGUCUUACAGUCUACUGACUGAAAACCUCAUCCUCACACAACUCACCCUGCAUCUUGGCUUCCACAGACUCCACGAGCAGAUGGUAAAGAUGAACCAGUCUCUCCACCGGCUCCAGGUGACAUGGCAGGAGGCCCAGCGAUCAGGCAGCCCCAUGUCAGAGCAGCUCCUGGAGCAGUUUGAGCGUCUGAUGAUUGUUUAUCUGUCAACCAAAGCCGCCACCACGCAGCCUGCCAUGCUGCAAUGCUGCCUUAACCUCCAAGCCUCCACCGGUGCUCUGCUAGUGCAGCUUGGUUUGGGAAACCAGGGGCCUGAACAUGUAGCACUCAGUUUUCCCCUGCCCUCCCUACAGAAUACUAUGCUUUGCUUUGUUCCAGAGUUUUUUGCUGAGAACAUAGGAGAUUUUUUCAUCUUCCUGCGUCGAUUUGCGGACGAUGCUUUGGAGACCUCCACGGAUAGUCUGGAGCAGAUUCUUAACUUCAUCACUGUCUUCAUGGGGAAUGUAGAGAGGAUGAAGAACCCUCAUUUAAGAGCAAAGCUGGCCGAGGUCUUGGAGGCGGUGAUGCCCCACAUGGAGCCGCUCACUCCUGGUGCUGUUCAGCCUAUCAUGUUCCAGCGAGAGCGAGUCUUCUGCUCUUACAGACAUGCACCCCAGCUGGCUGAGGCCCUCAUCACUGUGUUUGUAGACAUUGAAUUUACAGGUGAUCCUCAUCAAUUUGAACAGAAAUUCAACUACAGAAGACCCAUGUACCCCAUCCUCAAGUACAUGUGGGGCAAAGAGGACUACAGAGAGAGCGUGAAGCAUUUGGCGCACUAUGCAUCUGAGAACCUGGAGGCCAUGAACCCUCCUUUGUUCCUCAGGUUCCUUAACCUCCUGAUGAAUGACGCUAUCUUCCUCCUGGACGAGGCCAUUCAGUACCUGAGUAAAAUUAAGGUUCUGCAGCUGGAGCGGGAUCGAGGGGAGUGGGAAAGCCUGGCCCCCGAUGCCCGAAGAGAGAAGGAGUCCAGCCUGCAGAUGUUUGGACAGCUGGGACGCUUCCACAACAUCAUGUCUAAUGAGACCAUCGGCACACUGGCCUUCCUCACCUCAGAGAUCAAGGGGAUCUUUGUGCAUCCCUUCCUGGCUGAGAGGAUCAUCUCCAUGCUGAACUACUUCCUGCAGCAUCUGGUGGGUCCUAAAAUGGGAGCGCUUAAAGUCAAGGACUUCAGUGAGUUUGACUUCAAGCCCCAGCAGCUUGUUUCUGACAUCUGCACCAUCUACCUGAACUUGGGUGACGAGGAGAAUUUCUGUGCCACAGUCCCCAAGGAUGGACGAUCUUACUCUGCCACCCUCUUCACCCAAACAGUUCGGGUACUGAAGAAGAUAAACAAGCCUGGGGACAUGAUCGUGGCUUUUGGACUUCUCGCUGAUAAAAUAAAGCCCCAUGCAGACAGACAGCAGCAGGAAGAGGAGACUUACUCGGAUGCCCCAGAUGAAUUCUUGGAUCCCAUUAUGUCCACUCUGAUGCUGGAUCCUGUGCUUCUCCCUUCUUCCAAUGUCACAGUUGACCGCUCCACUAUAGCAAGGCAUCUCCUCAGUGACCAGACAGACCCUUUCAAUCGCAGUCCUCUUACCAUGGACCAGAUCAGGCCAAACGAGGAACUCAAACAGCAGAUCUUACAGUGGCUGGAUAGGCAUAAGCAGGAGAGGCUGCAGAUGGGACCCAGCGGCUAGCCCACAAUCCCUCACUGUGAUAAACAAUGACCACAUCCUAGCAUCCUGGCUCACAUCUCCUGCGUGCUCUUCUGCUCUGAUCCAUGGUGUGCUUGCCCCAGUGGAUUUCUUCAGACUCCUCUGGUCCCUCUUACAUUGCAUUCUCUUCUUCACGUAGCCUUCACGCUCAGUGGAUUCUCUAUGUGACAGCAAAAUGUGGUACUUCAGAAACCCUGCACAGUAGCUGUUUGAGUCCAAUGACACCCUGUGGUAACAUUAGUGGGUGACAAAACCUCUCUGGUUCCUUUCUCCCUGAAUGCUGUGUAUUAGCUAGUCAUUGUUACAAUCAGAACUGUGGCCAGAAGUAUCAGUUUCAACAGGACUUGUUGAAUGUUCUUUAUGAACUCCUGACCUGAUUUUCUACAGCAAGGUAAGUAUUUUUGGGAACUCUUACACUCGAUCAUGGAUGGAAUCAUUUAUAAUUUGACCUUGAUGUUAUUGUUAAUUAAACAUUAUACACUGCCAUUUAAAGUUCUUGAAAGCCCUAUAUUAAAGCAUGUUUGGUUACAUAUCAAGCAGCAUUGUAAAUAAGACUAGCAAUUAAAAGUAAGGCAUACAUCAAACAGACUUUGAUAUGUGACUUUUGUUCAACUGAAAAUAACAUAUAUUUACUGUAAUGAGCACAAAACCACACUGUGAACUAUUAACAUUUAAAGGUCCGCAAAUAUAAAUGUGCACCUGUCAUUAACCAAGCACUUAUUAAAGUCCACAAAAGGAUCUGAAAGUUUGCAAAUGAAAAUGUUGGAUAUAAGGACUUACACUGUGUUUAAGUUAUAACACAACAAUAAAGAUCAUUUAAACCACAGCUUAGGAUAUAGUACACUCACCUCCGACAUAAAACACAUCUACUACAUAUCUAAUCUAAAUCUUAAAAUAAAAUACUUUGGUUUGGUCUUGAGCAGCUCUCAGAUGACUACAACGGGCUGUGAUGGCUCAUGGAUGAUGUCAGAAGCAAAAAAAAAAGUUUACUGUUAAGUUUUAAAAAUUAUUUGAAAAACGUUAUUGCUCCCAAUUCCUCAAAUAAUUUCCCUUUAAAGCUCGGCAAGACAUAAUACAACUGUUCUCAUUGACUGAUCCAAAGAAAGACAAAAUAUUGGGUGUUCAACUUGGUUUAAUUGGCAGUGUAUAUAACAGUCAUUAACAUCCUUGGAAUAAACAUUGACCAGAUUAAUUUAUGUAUCCUGAACUAGCAUUUUCAUUUUUAUUUUUUUUAAACGUGUGCAAGCGUGGUACAUUAACAUGUGGGCGAACAGUUGAUCAAUAGAAUCUGUGCCUAAAACCGAGAGCCUUGCAGUGAUUUCAGCGAACGAGGAUCUAACUGGUUUCAUACUCUUACGAGACAUAAUUAUAGGUUUUUUUCUAGGGCAUAGAGGGAGCUGAGGGUUUGAAUAUAAAAGGAAGACAGAUCAUAAGUUUAAGGAUGUUUUUUUUUAGUAACUCUUUGAAUGAUUUCAAUUCAAAUCCAGUCUUGUAUAAAAUGGCAAAAUGUGAGAGAAAGAUUAUGUUGGCAUGCCCUCAUACUGUAAGUGAACUAUUUACCACCUAAAUGAAUACAUGGGAUAAAUUAUAAUGCAAUAUUUUUUGUUUUAAUUGUGAUUAUAAAAUGUUUAUUUUGGAUGUACAGUAUGAUUAAUAAAUAAAAGUAAUGUGCGUUAUAUAA